AUGGCUGGGGAACUUGUGUCGUUUGGAGUCCAAAAUCUUUAUGACGUACUGAGCGAAGAGUAUGCGCUAUUUCAGGGAGUUGAUGAUCAAGUAGCUGAACUAAAACGUGAUCUAAACUUGUUAAAUUCUUUUCUGAAAGAUGCAGAUGCAAAGAAACAUACAAGUGCGUUGGUGAAUAAUUGCAUAGAAGAGAUCAAAGAAAUUGUUUAUGACGCAGAAGAUAUAAUCGAAACAUAUCUUUUUAACGAAAAAUUUGGAAAAACAAGUGGCGUCAAGAAGCGUAUCAAAAGCCUUCUUUGUGUUAUUCCGGAUCGUAGGGAAAUUGCAUUACAUAUUGGAGGCAUAUGUAGGAGGAUCUCCAAGGUGAUUAGUAAUAUGCAAAGUUUUGGAGUUCAACAAACUAUUGCUGAUGGCGGUUAUAUGCAACCACUACAUGAUAGACAAAGGGAGCUGCGACAAACAUUUUCUAAGGAUUCCGAAAGUGACCUUGUGGGAAUAGAAGAAAAUGUAAGGAAACUGGUUGGAUAUUUGGUGAAGGAAGAUACGUUUCAAGUGGUUUCCAUAACCGGGAUGGGUGGUGUUGGCAAAACCACCCUUUCUAGACAAGUCUUUAAUCACGAGAUGGUUAAACAUCAUUUUGAUGGACUCGCAUGGGUGUGUGUCUCGCAAGAUUUUACCCAGUUAUCAGUGUGGCAAACAAUCUUGCGGUCUCUCAGACCCAAUGAAGAAGAAAAGAAAAUCUCAGAGAUGGCAGAAUCAACACUCCAUGAUGAAGUCUUUCAAUUACUGGAAAGGUCUAAAUCAUUGAUUGUUUUAGACGACAUAUGGAAAGAAGAAGAUUGGGAUCUAAUCAGGCCAAUAUUUCCAUCGAGAAAAGGUUGUUGGAAAGUGCUACUUACUUCUCGAAAUGAGAAUGUUGCAGUACGUGGAGAUAUAACAUAUAUCAACUUAAAACCAGAAUGCCUAUCUACUGAAGAUAGUUGGACACUUUUUCAAAGGAUAGCAUUACCAAAGAAAGAUGCAUCUGACUUGAAGGUUGAUGAGAAACUAGAAGAGAUGGGUAAGCAAAUGAUCAAACAUUGUGGGGGAUUGCCUUUGGCUGUCAAAGUGUUAGGAGGAUUGUUAGCUACAAAAUACACAGUGGUUGAUUGGGAAAGACUAAAUCAGAAUAUUAGAUCUCAUAUCCUGGGAAGAACCAAUUUCACUGACAGUAACAACAGUUCAAUUUACCAUAUCUUGUCUAUGAGCUUUGAAGGGUUACCUAGUUAUUUGAAGUAUUGCUUCCUCUACCUUGCCCAUUUUCCAGAAGAUCAUACAAUAGAUGUAGAGAAAUUGUCUUAUUACUGGGCUGCUGAAGGAUUAUUUAGGGAUUACGAUGGGGAAACCAUUCGUGAUGUUGGAGAUAACUACAUAGGGGAGUUGGUAAGGAGAAAUAUAGUUCUUUCUGAAAGAGAUGAUACAACUUUGAGAUAUGAAACUUGUCAUAUGCAUGACAUGAUGAGAGAAAUUUGUUUGUUUAAAGCAAAAGAGAACUUCCUACAAAUUGUCGGCAACCACUCCCUAAAUGCAAACUCUCAGUUUCAUGGUACAUCUCGCAGAUUUGUCUCCCAUAGUCCUUCUACAUUAGACAUCGAGAGAGAUAUAAGCCAUCCAAAGGUUCGAUCUCUCCUGGUUGUCUGGCAUUUUAAUCAGGAAAGGUGUUUGAUACCAGGAUUAAGCUUUAAGAGGUUACAGCUGUCAAGGCUGUUAGAUCUCCCUGGAGUUCGGUUUGAAGGAGAUAAGUUACCUUCUAGCAUUGGAAAGCUAAUCCACUUACGAUAUUUGAGCUUGGAAGACGCUGUGAUUUGUAAUCUGCCCUCUUCUCUACGAAAUUUGAAGUUGCUGAUCUAUCUUGAUCUACGUAUAUACGAGGAAUAUCUAUUUGUACCCAAUGUCUUAAUGGGGAUGAAAGAAUUGAGAUACCUUGCUUUACCGUGGGAUAUGGGUAAGAAGAAAAAGUUGGAAUUGAGUAAUCUAGUAAACCUGGAGACCUUGAUUUAUUUAUCGACAGAGAACAGCAGUGUAGAGGAUCUACAUGGUAUGACCAAGUUGAGGAUUCUCAGAAUCAGAUUAACUAAUGGGACUAGUUUAGAAACGCUAUAUGCAUCAAUAAGUGGAGCAAGACACCUGGAAAAUCUUGAAAUAAUGUAUGAAGGGUCUAAGAGGAUGAAAGUAGAUGGACUACACUUCCCUGCUCAACUUACAUCCAUUCAUCUAUCUGGUUGUGGUUUGAAGGAGGAUCCCAUGCCAAUUUUAGAGAAGUUGCUAUACUUGAAAGAUGUUGAGUUAAACGAUGCAGCUUUCUGUGGGAGAAAAAUGGUUUGCUCAGGCGGUGGGUUUCCUAAAUUGCACAGACUUAAAAUAUGGAAACUGAAUGAGUUGGAAGAAUGGGUAGUCGAAGAAGGCUCCAUGCCACUUCUUCAUACUCUCUAUAUUAACCAUUGUGAUAAGUUAAAGGAACUUCCUGAUGGGAUAAGACUAAUCACUUCGUUGAAGGAGCUGCGUGUUUCUUCUUUGGGAGAGCAAUGGAAAGAGAAACUAUCGGAAGGAGGAGAAGAUUAUUACAAAAUCCAACACAUCCCUUCUGUUACAUUCUCAAAUAUUUAG